UAUCUCUUUCAAACAUGAAUUAAUGUGGCUGACACGUGCACGCAGACACACACAUUCAUCAUGCCCAUCCCCCUGUUAUCCGCCGCUCCUCAAUGCUACGGAGACACUGGUUUGGUUGCAGAAUGUGUGCUGGUGAAGGGGAAGUUAGGGCGGCGUGAGACAGCAUGCAUGUUGGCUCGGCUGCGUGUGUGUGUGUGUGUGUGUGUGUGUGUGUGUGUGUGUGUGUGUGUGAGCUGCAGAAGGGUGCUUGCCGGCUCCGCUCAGCCAUCUCUGUCAGCGCGGCGCUGCUCCUGUGACUCUGGUUCGCUCCCUUUUUCUGUCUCUCAUCUUUUCUUUUUUCCCCUUUUCUUGUCUUUUCUCUCUCUGCAGAAGCCGCUGCCUUGCCCUGCACCCCCCCCCACCCCCACCGUGACACACAAGCAACCCGCUGCCCUACCCAACCAGGUCUCGGCAGAAGCGUCAACUCGGCACUCGUCCGUUUCAUCCGCAAGUGAAGGCCACUCGAGUUAGGUGACCUGUCCCCUCCCCGGCGUCCCAGCAGACAGGCAUGGCAGACGGUCGGCAGCCAGACGAGCACUGGGCCUCAAACGGCCAGGAGAACGGCGAGAAUGGCUACUCCGCCUACAGCUCCGCCUACAGGGAGAAUGGAUUCCACGGUGGGGCGGGCGCACAUCCUGGAGCGACAGUGGAUGACUCAGCCAAUUUGCCUCCCUCCCCUCCCCCCUCUCCAUCCGCUGAGCAGAUUGAGCCCGUGGCACAAGGUACACCCACUCACACAAAGAAAGACCAUCCAGAUAAAGUAGAAGUUGUCAGUCAACAGCAGGAUGAGGAGGAGGCUCCAGAGGAGCCCCCCAGUUACCAGGAGGAAGUGGCAUGUAAGCAGUCUGGAGACUUGUCCUUAGAGCAGGCAGAUUAUUUAACUGAGCCCCAGGCUUUGGGCAGCCAGCAGGUCCAGACCCCUGAGGUCCUCAAUGGAGGAAGUCAUGAAGGUGAACACAGCCCGUCACAGAAAGCCCAGCCAGAAGAAUGCACCAGUAAGGAAUCUUGUGAGUCGGCUCCGAAAGAAGAUGGCCGUCCAGUGGUGUCGCUACAAGAGACGCGGUUGUCUGUUGAAAGAGCAACACCUGAAGGUGCACAGCUCACCUCAAUUGAAGCUCCUCCUGCCUCUGUUAAAGAGCUCUCUGACACGUCCUCAAUGGACCAGGGUGACCAAGAGACAGAGGAUGUAGUGGAAUGCGCUGCACAAUCUCCUGCGACAGAGGAGUUAUCAAAUCUUAAGGAGAAGGGGAUGAAUAAAGAGGACCAAGAUGGUGGCAGUGACAUGGAGUUGCGUGAGAUGCCAGUGGCUGAUGUUCAAAAAGAGGACCAAAGGCAAGAAGCAGUCCAGUCCACUGCAGCGCUCGUCACAGAGUUAAAAGAGACAUCAGAUAAGUUUGGAGCAAAAACCUACUUUGAAACAUCCCCGGAAAGCCACGAAAAAGAGUCAUCACAAACCCAAAGCUAUUACGAACUCAGCAAGGCAGCAGAGAAAAAGUUAAGUGAGGAUACUAAAAGCAUCAUGCAGAAGCUUGGGGAACAGCAGGAGAGCUCAGCCAAAAUAUCUCCUGGGAAGAUUUCACUAGAACAAAGAAGCCUCUCUCUAAAUAUUACUGUUGGGUCUUCGAUAGCACACAUCAGCCAGGCAGAUAAUUCAAGGACCUUGUGUCCAAUCAGUGGAAGCUUUGAUGAAUCUGAAGUUUACCCUUCUACUCCAAUUGUGGAGAGCCAACACAAGCUUCCUCCGGCUGUCUCCAUUACAUCAACUACUGCUGAAUCACCCUCAGAGACCCCCACAAGGGCAGACAAGCUCCUGGAUAAGCACAAAUGUCUUGAACAUUCAGGUAGUCUCUCUGAAAUGUUGGACCUGGCUGGAGACCUGCCCCGGCCAUCAAUAGAGAGGAGGGAGCUUGACCACAUGAGGCGAAGGUCCGUGCCAUCAGCUUUGGUGGGGAGUUCACUGGCCAAGCUUGCCUUGGUAGAUCAAAUCUCAAGAGUGGUAGGAGGGGAAACCCAACUGGAGGAAGUGGGCUACUGUGUCUUCAAUGAGUACUCAGGCCCCAUGCCUUCUCCUGCCGAUGUACCCAGCCCUGGAGACUCUGCGGACCAGCGUUUCCCGUCAAUGGAAAGGGAAGUUGAGGAGGAACUUGGGGCCACGGACGUUGAAUGUAAUCAAAAAGGAACUCAACCACAAGAUGGCAAGGAAAUUGUGCCUGAGAUUUCUAAAACAAAUGUGUCAGAAAAGAAAGAUUCACCAGUGAUAAGUACCCUGAUCUUUGAGAGGGCCGUGACAAGUGGUGUAAAACCAGAUCGCCUAAGAAUCCCAUUGGCUUCCUCAAAAGGCAAACUGACUGAGUUUCGUUUGGAGAGUGGCCGACCCGGGGACAUAAAGAUCCAAGCAAUUCCAGAGGUAGACAUUGAAAAGGACCCAUCCAGAGAGGCUUCUCCUAUCCCACCAGACAGCUCCUUUACUUUCACUCCGCUGGAGACUGGAAUCAUGGUCCCCCCGACUCCCAUCACCCCCAAAACCCCAGAUGACACACCCUCAGACACCAAAGUCACUGGAGAGAAAACUGCGAAUGAUGUCCGACCGGAAUUCAACGCUGAGAACGAUCCAGAGUCAGAGAGGUUUGAUAAUAAGCACAGUGGCAAAGAAAUGCAUAAAUCUGAGCAGGAGGAAUCAAAAGAAAGAGGCUGUGAACCAGAAAUGGCAAACACACCUUCAGUGUCAUCUCUGCCUCUUGGAGAGAGCACAGAAAAGGAUGAAAACAAGAUUCAAAGUGACCAUGUGACACCUACACAAUUAGAAAGAAUAGAAAGGCAAGAUACCUCCGCUGGUCAGAAUUUAAGCACUGAAAAGCCAAAAGGUGGGAGAGAUGACCGUAUCCAGUUCCAGGAGGUAGCAAAAGAUCCAUCAAAACCAAUUGUAACCUCCCCAGUCAUCAUUAUACCUCAAGCACAAGUAGAGGAAGAAGCAGAUGAUGAGGAUGAUGAUAUUGAGAUUGCUGAAGAGCCUCAAGAGGUACCUGAACCUGAAAUGCCUGAGAGUGUAAUCAAGAUGCAGCUGACGGUAGCCGAUCAGAUGGCGGAAGACGAUCCUAAGUCCGGUACAGAAGACUGGAGCCACAGUAUGCAAACCAGUGACGAUGGGGACCCUGCGACGGACAUUUCACACUUGUCUCCAUGCUCUGAUCACAAUCUACCUUUGUCACCAGACGAAGGUGGUAGAUAUGAUUGGAUAGCAGAGGACCAAUUCAGAGACAAACAUAUACUUAUGGAUGUAGGAGAGGUUGAGGCGGUGAAGACAGACCCAACAGCGGCGGAGCAACUGCAGGAAGUUGGUGCCGAUGGAGUAGGCGAAGAGACAGACAGUAAAACAACAGCGGAUGAGUGCGAGGAGAGGAUGCGUGAAGAGGAGAAAGACAUUGAGACUGGUCAGGAUGUGGAAGAGACCAGUCAGACAGCUAAGGAUGAAUCCACCAUGGACGUUUCCCUCCUAGAUACAGACAGUGGUUGGAUGGACUCACAAGAUGAUGACAAAAGUAUCAUGACUGAGCUAAUUGAAGCCCUUCCUCGGGUCCAAAGUCCUACUAGUACACCAUUGGUGGACAAACCCGCUAAACGGGCCCCUGGCAGAGGCAGGGGCCACCCGGGCACCUCUGAGAGUAAAGUGUCUCGCAAAGUACCCAGCCACCACCCACCAAGAGAGGAGAUGAAGAAGAAAAAAGUAACCGUGAGGGGGGUUGACCAGAUAAAAGUGUCAGCCCUCCAAAGUCGUUCUCCAUCUCGAAAGAGUGGAGCCAGAGCGGCGGCCAGACAUCCUAGGCCCGCUCUGCUUCACGGCUCUGCUAGACGCAAGGUCACAGGUAUGGAAAGCCAUCAGCCCCUCAGUGUGGCCCACCAAUCCAGGGAGAGGACCACUCCUCUGUCCUUGUGCAAGUCCCGACAGAGACAACCUGAGAGAGCGUACCGCAGCCCAGAGAAGAGGUCGUCUCUGCCCAGGCCGGCCAAGUCUCUGACGCGCCACAUCCCUGCUGCUGAACAAGACGACAGCACCCCCUCCAGGCCAACCUCGAUCCAGUCCAGAGGGGACAACCGGACUGGAAGAGCCGCUGUCAUUACAGGUACAGAGUCUGCGCGUUCACGCUCGGUCCGCAGCGGGGCCUCCACCCCCGGGUCCUCCGCCGUCACGCCCGGCACCCCGCCCACCUACUCCUGCCGCACCCCCGGCUCUCGCACGCCCGGAAGCCACACGCCAAAGUCCUUCAGCGUCCUCCAGGAGAAGAAGGUGGCGGUGAUCCGGACCCCGCCCAAGUCGCCGUCAUCUGUCCAGCGGCAGCUGAAGGUUCUCAAUCAGCCCCUGCCUGACCUGAAGAAUGUAAAGUCCAAGAUCGGGUCCACCUCCAACCUCAAGCACCAGCCGAAAGGCGGACAGGUUACAAUUUUACACGAGACGCUGGACUUCAGUCAUGUUCAGUCAAAGUGCCGCUCCAAGGACAAUCUGAAGCACUCGCCCAAAGGAGGCAAUGUCAUGAUCCCAAGUGUCAAACUGGACUUCAGCCACGUUCAGGCCAAAUGUGGCUCCCUGGACAAAAUCCAUUACGCAGCGGGCGGCGGAAAUGUCCAAAUCCAGACCAAGAAGAUCGACUUGAGCCACAUCACCGCCAAAUGUGGCUCCAUGUCCAACAUCCGUCACAGACCAGGCGGAGGUAAUGUACAAAUUGAGAACGUGAAGCUGGACUUUAAAGACAAGGCCGCCGCCAAGGUCGGCUCUCUGGGGAAUACCAGCCACACUCCUGGAGGCGGGAAUGUUAUGAUCGAGAGCCACAAGCUGUCCUUCCGGGAAACGGCCAAAGCCCGGGUGGAUCACGGCGCGGAAAUCGUCAUCACGCACUCCCCCGGGGUGGAGACGGGGGGCACUUCCCCUCGCCUGUCCUCCUCCGGCAGCAUCAACGUCCUGGAUUCGCCCCAGCUGGCCACGCUGGCCCAGGACGUCACGGCGGCCCUGGCCAAGCAGGGCUUGUGAGCGUAGCAAACCCUCCAGGAUUCCCAUUCACUCAUAAGCAUCCAGUGUUUUCUCCCAUGAUCCCUCACUGCAACAUGACCCCCAUCCGCCCCCCCCCCCAGUUGUAGGUAAUUGACUGUCCCGUCCAUCCGCCACUCAUCCGGCCCUUCCAGUGGGAUUUUUCCAAACUCAAGGGUUCAUUUCUCGUUCACCCGGUCCGAAUGGGACACGGCCCCUCAGUGUUUGUAUUUCAUUUAUUCUCGUUCACUCAAAUAUGGACUUUUCUUUCUUGUUGUAGAUAGGCUGAACGCCAAGGUUUGAGUGGAUGUGUUUGUCCAGCAAGGCUUUGAAGGUUUUUACGAUUGUACUGUAAUUGUUAGUGUGAGAAGCAUCGUCACAUUCCACUCGUAUGAGGUAAAGCGGUAUGGUCAGCUGUUGCAUAAUGCUCAUGCAGAAUUAAUAUGGUACUGAAUGCAAGAAAUAGACUUAACUUCCAGAAACAUGGCUUGUAACUGUAAUUGCGGAAGAAUGGCUGAAAAGCAUGUCUGCUCAGAUGUGACGCGAUUUCUUUGUUUGUUUGUGGGUUGUUUUAAAUUUGUUCCUUGUGUUGUUUUCUUUUUAUAUCUGUCACAGUAGUGGAGGUUGUUGCAGUUAUUUUGUAUGUUCCCUGCAGCUACACUGGCUUAUUAGCACUUCAAUGUGAAACACCACUGCAGUUAUGCAGAGUAAAGCGCUUAAAGGCUAAGCUUUCCCGCCGACUUUUUCGCAGACCAAUGGGCUACUCUUUUUUUUGUUUGAUUUUACAUUAGCUCUGUGAUUUUAUUAGGCUUCAACAAUGCUGUUAUGCUGGCAUGGCAAAAAUAAAUUAGAUCUAUUUGAAGCAUUUUUUAAACCGGCACGCAUUCUAGUGUUUCUACUUCAAGGUCAACUCCUCAGCCCCACCGAACUGCACCAAAAGUAGAAAAAAUGAAGCUUUAUGAGAAAACAUUCCAUUAGUAGAGCAGCUACCUGGCCCUUUAGUGCGAUUGGACCAGUAACUUCACAGGAAAUGAAAGCCGAAACGAUGGAGAAAUGAAGAAUGGGAGUAACCGCCACCUUGCAACGGUUAGAAUUCAUUAUAAAAAAAGAAUAAAAAACAGAACUGUUCUAGCAUAUUCUCUGCUCACCAUUGUGGAACUCCCCAAGCCCCCUUUCCCCUCCUCCCCUGGUGUUGGUUGCCCCUCCAGUGUUUUUCUGUGCAUCCUAUAUCCCCCCCCCGCCCCCCCCCAGCUCCUCUUUGCCUGUGUAAGUGUAUUUAAAAGACCAUGUAGAUGUGUGCACUCUUUCCGAUGUUUGAGACAUACUGAUGACAAAUGCUCCUACAGGAUGAUGAGAACAGUAAUAAAGGAAAUAAAAACAGA